GGAGCCGCUGCCGCGCUCCCGGCGUCCCGCAACUUCCCCCGGAGCCCAGCGGAGCGCGGCAUGCGGGGCAGGGGCUGCAGGCGGCGGCGGGGCCGGCAUCGCGCUCCCCGGACAUGAAGCGGCCAUCGGAAGCUCCAGCAACAAGGGCAAAGCUAACUGCGCAAGUCAUCUGUGGCAAGGAGCACUGGGAGACGGCUAAAAGACAGUGACAAUGUCUUUAAACUGGCGGACACUUCCUACUCGACUUGGAGUUGUUAAAGCAAACUGCAGAGGACUCGCAUGCCUCUUGGUCAUCACCGUGAGUGUUUGUGGCAGUGCCCCAGGGAUGUGUCCAGCAGCCUGCAUCUGUGCCAGUGAUAUCGUAAGCUGCACUAAUAAGAACCUCACUCGAGUGCCAGGAAAUCUUUAUAAAUGUAUGAAAAGGCUGGAUCUGAGUUAUAACAGAAUUGGGAUUUUGGAACCUGAAUGGGUCCCAGUGCUGUCAGAGAAACUGAACACUUUAAUAGUCAAUCAUAAUAGCAUUAGCAGCAUUAGCACUGGAAGCUUUUCCACAACUCCAAAUCUGAAGUAUCUGGACUUGUCAUCCAACAGCCUGAAAACACUGGGCAGCCCUGUGUUUCAGGAGCUAAAGGAGUUGGAGGUUCUCCUGCUGUACAACAAUCAAAUAACACAGAUCGAGUCUUUAGCCUUUGGAGGAUUGUACAAAUUACAGAAACUGUACCUAAGCUACAACUUGGUCUCGCAUUUCCCACUGGACUUAUAUGUUGGAAAACAUAAACUGACAGACCUUGUGUUGCUGGACAUUUCCUUUAAUCACAUCCAGACGAUGCCUGUUCAGCGCCUGAGUUCAGUGCCAGCCAAACAACUUAGUGGAAUUUAUCUUCAUGGCAACCCAUUCUAUUGUGACUGUGUCCUGUACUCCAUGCUAGUCUUCUGGUAUCAAAGGCAUUUCAGCUCAGUCAUGGACUUCAAAAAUGAGUACAGCUGUUUGUUGCAGUCAAACCCAAGUGAUGAUAAUACACUGCCUUUACUGCACGACAGCAUUAUGAAUUGCUCUGAAAGUACCAUCAACAGCUCUUUCCAGGCCUUUGGGUUUAUUCAUGAUGCCCAGGUUGGUGACAGGCUGAUUGUACACUGUGACAGCAGAAUCAGCGAUAUGGGCACACAGUUUGUUUGGGUUAGUCCAGACAAUAGAUUGCUGGAGCCAGACAGGGACACCGAUAACUUCAAGGUGUUUCCUAAUGGCAGCCUGGAGAUAACAGAUGCCCAGCUAGAGAACUCAGGGCUGUAUUCCUGCAUCGCAAUAAAUAAGAAAAGACUGUUAAAUGAAACCAUAGAGGUCAGAAUAAAUGUUAGCAAUUUCACAGUGAACAGGUCCCACGCUCAUGAAGCAUUUAAUACAGCUUUUACCACCCUUGCUGCCUGUGUGGCCAGUAUUAUUUUAGUGCUGCUGUAUCUCUAUCUGACCCCCUGCCCAUGUCAAUGUAAAGCAAAAAAGAGGAAGAGGAAGCUGAACCAAAGCAGUGCUCACCCGUCCAUACUGAAUUCCACACUGCCGCAGGAGCUGCCGGCCGAUGAGAAGAAGGCUAGCACUGGUAAACGGGUGGUUUUCCUGGAACCCGUGCACGAACCAAAACAGAGUCAGAAUGGGAAAGUAAAACUGUUCCCCAAUGACAGUGUCAUUACAGAGAGCAUCUUAAAAACUACUCGAACAAAAUCCGACUCUGACUCUGUCAACUCUGUGUUCUCAGAUACGCCUUUCAUGCCGCCAGCUUAGUUUGCUGCCUGUGUUUGUAUCAUGCAGUUCCAUUUCUGAAUACCUCCUUUGCCUGUAGCAAACCAUCAGGACAAACAAAUAAAAAGAGAUAAAAUGUUUUAAAAAAA